AGUGUGAUGGGAGCGGGUGCCCGUGUGCAGAGGGAUUCUCUCCGCAUGUGUGCGGGGGACCGCGGUGUCGGGGCAGGGCUCAGCGAAGUGGUUGCUGCAUGCGGCGGAGUCCGCCGGGGUACUGCAGCAGCGGGCUUCGCCUCGCUUCGCGCCCCGGUGCUCAGCGCGGCCAGGGGUACUCGCCCGGCUGCCCCCGCCGCUCGGUGCGUCCGCGGAGCUGCCGGACGGGGAACCUCGCGGGGAGAGCGGUGGAGUGCAGCGGAGUGGGGCCGCGGCGACCCCGGCCGCCGAGAUUCUUAAUCUUUGUUCAGGAGCCUAAGGUUGCUUGCUGAUCACAAGAAGAUGUUUCUGUGGCUCUUUCUGGUUCUGUCAUCUCCAGUUUCUUCUACAACUGCAGAUGCUGAUAUAUCUGUGGAAAUUUGCAAUGUUUGCUCCUGUGUGUCAGUUGAGAAUGUACUCUAUGUCAACUGUGAGAAGGUUGCAGUCUACAGACCAAAUCAGCUUAAACCACCAUGGUCUAAUUUUUACCACCUUAACUUUCAAAACAACCUGCUAAUUAUUCUAUAUCCAAAUACCUUUCUUAAUUUUACAUACGCAGUGUCCUUGCAACUGGGUAAUAAUAAGUUACAGAACAUUGAGGGAGGGGCCUUUAUGGGUCUUAGUGCAUUGAAACAGUUGCACUUGAACAACAAUGAAUUAAAGAUUCUCCGAGCUGACGCUUUCCUUGGCAUAGAGAACUUGGAGUAUCUCCAAGCUGACUACAAUUUAAUCAAGUUUAUUGAACGGGGAGCCUUCAAUAAGCUUCACAAGCUGAAAGUCCUGAUUCUUAAUGACAAUCUGAUUUCAUUCCUUCCUGAUAAUAUUUUUCGAUUUGCUUCUCUAACUCAUCUGGAUAUACGAGGGAAUCGAAUACAGAAGCUUCCAUACAUUGGAGUUCUGGAACACAUUGGCCGAAUUGUUGAAUUGCAGCUGGAGGACAAUCCCUGGAAUUGUACUUGUGAUUUGUUGCCUUUGAAAGCGUGGCUGGAGAACAUGCCCUAUAACAUCUACAUUGGAGAAGCUAUCUGUGAAACACCCAGUGACUUGUAUGGAAGACUGCUGAAAGAAACCAACAAGCAAGAGCUGUGCUCCAUGGGGACAGGGAGUGAUUUUGAUGUGCGCAUUCUGCCUCCCUCACAGCUGGAGCCUGGUUACAGCACACCUAAUGGCCACACCACUCAAACAUCAGUGCACAGAUUAGUCACAAAGCCACCAAAGACUACAAAUCCUUCAAAAAUCUCGGGGAUAGUAGCAGGCAAAGCACUGUCUAAUCGCAGUCUCAGCCAAAUUGUAUCUUUCCAGACUAGGGUGCCUCCUUUAACUCCUUGUCCGGUCCCCUGUGUUUGCAAAACGCAUCCUUCAGACUUGGGAUUAAGUGUAAAUUGCCAAGAAAGAAAUAUAGAGUCAAUGGCCGAACUUGUACCAAAACCUUUAAAUGCCAAGAAACUGCAUGUAAAUGGCAAUUAUAUUAAGGAUGUGGACACUACAGAUUUUAUUGAGUUUGAGGGGCUGGAUUUGCUACAUUUAGGCAGCAAUCGGAUUUCACUGAUCAAAGGAGAAGUUUUCCGCAACCUUACAAAUCUACGGAGAUUGUAUCUCAAUGGCAAUCAGAUAGAGCGUCUGAGCCCAGAAAUGUUUGCUGGCCUCCACAACUUGCAAUAUCUGUAUUUGGAAUACAAUGUUAUCAGAGAAAUCCUAGCAGGCACCUUUGACUUAAUGCCAAAUUUGCAGUUGCUCUACCUGAACAACAAUCUUCUACGAAGCUUGCCAGCAUACAUAUUUGUGGGUGCACCCCUUGCUAGACUGAAUCUGAGGAACAAUCAUUUCAUGUAUUUACCUGUAAGUGGCGUUCUUGAUCAGCUAAAAUCUCUUACACAGAUUGACUUGGAAGGUAACCCAUGGGACUGCACUUGUGAUUUAGUUGCAUUAAAACUGUGGCUUGAAAAGCUAAAUGAAGGUAUUGUGGUGAAGGAAUUGAAAUGUGAAACACCUGUACAGUUUGCAAACAUUGAACUUAAGUCUCUGAAAAAUGAGAUCCUCUGUCCUAAACUUUUAAACAAGCCAUCUGCUCUGUUCACUAGUCCAAUGCCCGCUGUUACUUUUACAACACCACCGGGACCAGUUCGGAGCCCUCCUGGUGGCCCAGUUCCGUUGUCCAUCCUAAUCUUAAGCAUAUUAGUUGUGCUUAUUUUAACAGUGUUUGUUGCUUUUUGUCUUCUUGUUUUUGUGCUUCGGCGCAACAAAAAACCAACUAUAAAGCAUGAAGGGAUUGGAAAUCAAGAAUGCAGUUCAAUGCAACUGCAGCUAAGAAAGCACGAUCACAAGUCAAGCAAAAAGGAUGGACUAGGUGCAGAAGCCUUCAUUCCUCAGACAAUUGAGCAGAUGAGCAAAAGUCAUACCUGUGGCUUAAAAGAGUCUGAAACGGGCUUCACGUUUGCUGACCCACCAGGGCAAAAAGUAAUUCUGAGAAAUAUUAAUGACAAAGAGAAAGAUUUAUUGCAUACGGAUACCAGAAAAAGACUUAGCACAAUCGAUGAACUGGAUGAGUUAUUCCCUGGGAGGGAUUCCAAUGUAUUUAUUCAAAAUUUUCUUGAAAGUAAAAAAGAAUACAACAGCAUAGGAGUCAGUGGCUUUGAAAUACGUUAUCCAGAGAAACUACAAGACAAAAAAAACAAGAAAUCUCUAAUAGGUGGUAAUCAUAGUAAAAUUGUAGUAGAACAAAGAAAAAGUGAAUAUUUUGAACUAAAAGCUAAACUUCAAGGAUCACCUGACUACCUACAAGUCCUUGAAGAGCAAACAGCUUUGAAUAAAAUAUAGGUCAUACAAUCUUAUCGCCUACAGAGGACAUUUAUUUAAUGAUGAAAGUGCCUUUUGUUGACUUUUAACUUCCAAAUAUAAUAUAUUGAUAGGCAUAGAGGCAGGUAUAUCCAAGGGUGUCUUGAUUAACUGUAGCUGCAUAUGAAUUGUCAAGUAGAGGAGAAUUUCCUUAAUAGAUUUUACUACAUAAAGCUCAUGCCCCAUGGAAUCCUGUAAGGAUACUGCAAACUCUAUUGCCAGAGGGAUGCUUUAUACACGUUACGCUGAAUUUAACCUCAAGAGGCAUAUAUGUUUUGUACCUUAAAUGCAAAACCAUCGUCUCCUUGUGAUUUGUUAGAACAAACACAAGAAACCCAGUACUGGUAUUUGUACCUCAGCUGGGUCCUUCAUCAUGCACGUGGAUUUAAGUUGGUGGAACUGGAGUAAUCCCUUGAAUUGUGGUGUUGUAGAGGCACUGUUUAAAGAAUAUCUGGAAAGUAACAAGCAUGCAAAGAGAGAACAUUUGAUAGUACGUGUAAAUUGGUUACAUUUAUGGCCUGCAUCUUGAAACCACUGGAAUUAUAAUGUUAAAUUGUGCAAAUAUUUGUUUAAAAUAUACCAUGCAUUACAUACCUAUGAAAUAAAUUUGACCACUUGAAGCAUACAUGUCUAUACAAAAAAAUUAAAAAGAAAAAAAGAAAGAAAUAGUUCAGCCUGACUUCUGCAGUAUUUGUGGCAUCUGAAGAAAAUAUUUGAUGUUUAUGCAGAAUCUGUUGUAAGACUCAUCUCCAAUUAAAACUAGAGUUCCUUCUCAGUUACGUGAAAAACUUGCAACCCCAAUAGGUUGUCCAAAAUUGUCAGAGUGCUUACUGUGUGAGCGUAGCAGAAAUUAUUUUUGUAAUAUAAUUCAUAUUUAUGAAAUACUUUGUAUACUAAAUAGGAAAAAUAUGUACUCCUUAAUGUGUAUUUAAUAUGCCUGACUUGUUUUCCUGAUCACAAUGCAUUAAUUAUUCAGUAUAAAUAAAACCAGAACAAUACACCAAACAGAAACUGGAGAGCUAAUGUAUAGAAUUAUCCAGAAUUAAGUGAUCAGAUAUAAUAAUAAUAAAAUCGUUCUGUACUAUU